AUGGCGCCGACUUCGGCCCGCAUCACAGCCCUCACGCCCUUCAAGCCCGACCUUCAUGAACGCGCCUGGGCCUCGGUCCCUCAUCCGACACUCCCUUUAAUUGCAACCGCGCAUGCAAAGGCGGUUACUGUGUAUUCUCUUUCGACUGCCUCUGCUCACAGCGUCCUCACCGGCGGCCACAACCGCUCCGUCCGUUCCGUCGCAUGGAAGCCUCAUCUACGACCCGGCAAUUUAUGUCUUGUUACUGGAAGUUUUGAUUCUACAGCUGGAAUAUGGCGAUGGGAGGGUCAAGAACAGGAGGAAAGCGGGCUGGAAGUAGAGGUGACGCAACAGACUCUGCGCAACAAUAACAACGAUGACAGCGACGACGACGGCGAUGCCGCCAAUAAAGAGUGGGAGUUUACGCUUGUUCUUGAAGGCCACGACUCGGAAAUUAAGUCUUGUGCUUUCAAUCCUUCAGGUUCUUACCUAGCUACGUGCUCGCGCGAUAAGUCAGUCUGGAUAUGGGAAGAUAUCGGUGCAUCCGAGGAGGACGAUGAGUGGGAAACCAUUGCCGUACUGAAUGAACAUGAGGGCGAUGUCAAGGCCGUUGCUUGGUGUCCUGAUGUCCCUGGGCGCAAUGCCCGCCGCAGCUACUCGUCUGAUGUUCUUGCCAGUGCAAGCUACGAUAACACGGUGCGCAUCUGGCGCGAAGAUGGCGACGCCGAAUGGGUUUGCGUUGCCGUCCUCGAGGGCCACGAAGGUACUGUCUGGGGAUUGCAAUGGGAACCACGACCACGUGAGGGAGAUCUCUUCCCACGGCUACUCACCUUCUCGGCUGAUAACACCAUCCGUGUAUGGACAUUGAAGCAGGAUGAUGAAGUAGAAGAAACCUCUACAGGAGGUACAGUGAGAGCUCUGGGCGGCAUCCCCAACACGAUGCGAAGAUCUCUCCGAGAGGAUUGGACAUGCACAGCUGUCUUGCCCAAAGUACAUACCCGCGAUAUCUACUCCGUGGCUUGGAGUGGGCAGACAGGGAUGGUAGCAAGCACUGGCAGUGAUGGAAUCGUUGCCCUGUACGCUGAGGAUGCUGAGGAUGCUGAGCAACAUACAAGUGACCAAGACCAUAGUAUGGGCAAUACUGAGGAAAGCAAGGAUGCUACAUGGAGAGUUGUCACUACUCAACCCGGAGCUCACGGGCCCUAUGAAGUCAAUCACAUUACGUGGUGCCGGAGAUAUGAUGCCGGCUCGGAACGAAGAGGAGAGGAAGAGAUGCUUGUCACAACGGGCGACGACGGAAUUGUACGGCCGUGGCAAGUCGAGAUCGAUGCACCUAGGUAG